AUGGUCUGCCCGAUUUGUCCCCAAACUCACUCUCACAAUUGUUGUGAUGAAACCGUGGACGGUCCCUGGCACAUGUAUUGGCUUCACGAAUUGGGUGGUCGACCGCAUGAACCCCGUCCAGACAUUCUUACCCCAGAGGGACUUUGUCCCCACGCGCUGUCAAUGUGUCGCUGUGAGCACAUUUGUGCAAUGCGUCAUCUUCUUCUGCCUUCUUUGCAUCAAUGUUUGAGCCAGUGUCCCUCAGGGAGUUCCUGUAAAUCAAAAGGGGAAAUGUACUCGGUGAAUACAAGUUUGUCGGAGAUUAAUGGGACCAGUGGGGGCUCCGGGGCGAACAAACGGAGUAGUCUACCCAUAAUUAUUGGUGUCAUCAUCGCAUUUCUUGCAAUCCUGGUGGGAGUGGUAUUGUUAGUCAAUAGAGAAAUUUGCCAGAAACGCGGUCGCUAUGGAAGUCGUUUUGCACCUGGGGGUAGUUCAAUCGGUGGGGUUAUUUUCAGCACAUUGAACGGUACAUUUCCACGAUCUGCUGGCGUCAAUGGUCUUCACGGUCCUCAUACUCAGUGCGGAGAUAGCAUCACCGGUUCAUGCACAGAGCUACGUGUCGCGUUUCAACCUCAGUAUGCCAUGGAUGACGAGUUUUCGAUCGGUACACAGGGUACCGCGGAUCAGGAUGAACAUUCUCCGCAUGCGUUAACAAAGGAUGGCAAUUUUCGGGAAAACGCACCGCAUAAAAAACUAUUGAACAUGUCGACAGGUCGUCCUAAUCAGCAUCAACGCCGAGUAAACGGUCAUCUCGUGUCACCCCGUGUCCCAAUCAAUACCAGCGUUCCAGCUGAUAAUAGACAUUCCGUACCUGAAUUUGAUCGUGACCGAAAGCUUUCAAGGACUAAGAUGAUCGCCAAUACUGAGGCUGUAGUGCAUCAAACGUCUCCAGGUAGUGUAAUCCAUCUGGGGGAACAUAGUUCAAUCCUAACAGCAGAUACCAGCGCGGUCGCACCUCCAUCCGCUGCAGUGUCCAAUUUGAGCUGUCCGGCAGAGGACUACUAUGCAGAUGAUGAACAGGCGUUCGGUGAUGAUGAAUUUGAAGAAGAGGAGGAAGAUGAAAAAUCAGAAAUGCUCUACGAUCCCAUGGACCCUACAAAAGCACUAAAUGAUGACCUAACCAGUUCCACUGAUUCCGGACCCUUUGAUGACGGUGGGAAACCAUUCAAUCUCACUCCAAGCAAACUCACCAAAACCCGAUCAAUCAAAGACUGGAAUCUUAUCAACCGACGUAACUCGAAACGGCGCGGUCACCGUCGAUUGUCCAUGGAUGACCAGCUGCCAUCGAAUCCGGCAUCUCGAUUCGAGCGAUUGACUGACCACCCAGUUGAUACUGAACCGAGCAUUGCGCAUAGCCAAUCCGUUACAAUAGAUUUGAACACUCAGUCACUCACUGCCCUCCCAGAUCAUACCCUCACCGUACACUCACCCAACAGCGGCAACAACAACAACAACACCGGUAUCAUCCAUCCAACCUGCCGCGUUGACGCUGUCGAGCACGAUCAAUCUCCCUUAGUGAGCGGUGUAUUAAUCGAGCCCUCUGCUAGACCGAAUGGCCGAUCAAAAGAUCUAACCCCGACUGGGGUUCUACAUCAUCCGAUUGGUUACGACUACGUUCGCAUGUGA